AUGCCCUGCCCAUCGUACCCGUCCGGCUUUAUCUACCUUCUGGAUACUGGGUUCGCCACGCCUUUACACGGUAUCGGUAAACCACGUGGAAUCCGUACCGCUCGGAAGCACAUCCGUCACCGCCGUGGCCAGCGAUGGGCCGACAAGGACUACACGAAGGCUUAUAUGAGCACCCGCUGGAAGUCAAACUCGUUCGCCAGAGCCUUUCACGCCAAGGGAAUCGUGCUCGGAAAGGUUGGCGUCGAAGGCAAGCAGCCGAACUUCGCCAUCCGUAAAUGUGUCCGACUGCAGGUCAUCAAGAACGGCAAGAAAAUUACCGCAUUCGUACCACCGCCCGUCGGUGAUAUUCCCGGAGUUCGCUUCAAGGUAGAGUAGAUGGCCAACGUUUCGCUGCUGGCCCAGUACAAGGAGAAGAAGGAACGUUCACGAUCGUAA